UCACAUGAUUAUACAAUCGGCUGACUCUGUGUUUCUUUUUAUUUAAUCAUUCAUCCCAUCUUAGGUUAUUAGUCAUCAAUCAAUAAUAAAUCGUGAAACAUGGCGGAACUGUUGGCCGUCCCGUUGAAAAAAUCUUCUGAUGUAGAUAUUGUUCAGCCCCUGAAGAAUACAAUUAAUAUAAUUUACAGUACGUCUCAGAAAGUUCAGGAUUAUUCUGAGCAAGUUGAAGAAUUCAGUGCUCUCAGAACUUGUGCUAUUUGGAAAGCCUACGAAAAGUAUGAAAGUUCGUUGGAGGUUAUAUACAGUUAUUAUGACCAGAUAAUUGCUUUGGAAAGUAAAAUACCACCCGGCGAGCUACAGAUUCCCUUCAAAUGGAAAGAUGCUUUCAGCAAAGGAUCAGGAUUAUUUGGUGGCAGAACCAGUCUAACCAUCUCACAACUGGGGUACGAGCGAGUAUGCACGUUGUUCAACAUCGCAGCAGUCCAGAGCUCUGUGGCUGCGACUCAGAGCGUAGACAGCGAUGAGGGGCUCAAGUUGGCAGCAAAACUUCUCCAGCAAUCUGCAGGGAUAUUCAGUCACCUGAAGGGCACGGUUAUGGCAGCCCUGCAGCAGGACCCCACACCUGAUCUGAACCCGGACACCCUCGCAGCCCUAUCUUCCCUCAUGUUGGCCCAGGCACAGGAGAUAUUCGUACACAAGGCCAUUCAUGACAACAUGAAAGAAGCCAUUACAGCAAAGUUGGCUAAUCAGGCAGAGGAGUUGUAUGCAGAUGCAUUAAAAUUGAUGCAGAAAGAUAAUGUGCGUCCUUUGUGGGAUAAGGAGUGGCUACCUACUGUGGCUGGAAAGCAAGCAAUGUUUCAUGGGAUGGCAGAAUUCUACCAGAGUUUGGUUUGCCGUACUAACAAGGCAAUUGGAGAAGAAAUCACUCGUCUGCAGAGUGCAUUGGAGUUCCUGAAAGCAGCCCAAACGCGUUCAGGCAAGCCCAACCUUGCAUCAGACUUGGUAACCAAGGCCCAUAGACAUCUCACCGAGGCUAUCAAAGACAAUGACUUCAUCUACCACGAGAGGAUUCCGGACCCCAAGUCCUUACAGCCCAUCGGCCGGGCACCCCUGGCCAAGGCCCUCCCUGUUCCCCCCAGGCUGUCUUCCAAUUUUAAAGACUUGUUCGAGCAGCUUGUGCCCAUGGCAGUCCACCAGGCUAUGACUGCCUACGAGAAUCGCAAAAACGAACUAGUCAAUUCAGAAGUUGCAAAGCUUCGUGAUGCCACUCAGUUGCUCAACAGCGUGCUGGCUUCGCUCAACCUACCAGCAGCGCUGGAGGACUCUACUGGCCAGGCACUCCCAAAAUCUCUUGUGGACAAAGCUACUGCUGUUCAAGAACUCGGUGGCAUCAACAUAAUCAACACCAUGUUACGGGAACUUCCUGAACUGCUCACCCGCAACCGGGAAAUCCUGGAUGAGACUGAGAGAAUGCUAAAUGAUGAGAAACAGUCAGACGAUCAGCUUCGAGAACAGUUCAAAGACAGAUGGAACAGAAUUCCUUCGGUGAAGCUUACGGAAACUUUCAGAUCCAACAUGCAGAAGUAUCGCACCAUUAUAGACAAUGCUACUCAGGCCGACAAGACGGUGCGGGACAAGUAUGAGACGCACAGGCGAGGCAUGGAGCUGCUGAGCGAAGGUCCGGCAGUGAUGGCUGCUUCAGUGCCGCACGCCGGUGGGGGAGGAGUGGACAAUAACACUUCCUCUGCAGGCAGGCUUCGUGCUCUCAUGGAACAGGUCGAGACAAUGAAAGCAGAGAGGGAUGCUAUAGAGUGUGAGCUCAAGUCUGCGACUGUCGACAUGAAGGAGACAUUCCUCUCGGCACUGCACGACGGCAACGUCAACGAACAGGCCUUGUCCGUAGAGACCUUAGGCCGAGCCUACGGGCCUCUCCAGCAACAGGUCAAGGAAAGUCUGGGCAAACAAGAAGGCCUCCUAGCGGACAUACAGAAAGUGAAUGGCGAGUUUGUAUCAGAACGCAGUGGACAGGGGCACGCGGCGCAGCGCAGGGAGGAGGUGUUGAAGGAGCUAGCUGCUGCUCAUGAUGCUUUCAAAGAACUCGUCAAUAACCUCAAGGAAGGGACAAAGUUCUACAAUGAUUUAACCCAGAUUCUACUAGCGUUCCAGAAUAAGGUGUCCGACUUCUGUUUCGCUCGGAAAACGGAAAAAGAGGAACUUAUGAAGGAUCUGACCAGAGGACUCGGAGCUGUUGCCCAAGCUGUAGCACCUAACCUACCACAACACCAUGGUGGUAUAGGUAGUAUGACUACAGCUGUUCUGACUGGAGUAUUACAUUCAGGUCUCAACACGCUUUCCUCCUACCUUCAAACUGGUGGGGGGAAAACUGAAUCUAAAACUGAAGCUAAAUCUGCCGACGCUGGUAAAAGUGAAAACCAAACUGACAUGAAGAAGGAGCCCCCGCCACGCCCACCACCUCCAAGCACCGCCCCCACCAGUGCUGGCCCCCCUGCUGGUCUACCAUACCCCAUGCAACCACAAAAUAUGCCAAUACCGUAUGCUGCACCUCCUCAGGCCCCCUACCCUCAAUAUCCAGUGCCACCCAUGCCUCAGGGGUAUUACACACUUCCUUUCCCCAGUGGAGGUUACCAGCCGCCGCCACAACAGUACCCAGGCUACCCUCCACAGUACCCACAAUACCCUGGGUAUCCUCCACAAGGUCAGCAACCACCACAGAACCGCCAGUGGUAACUCUCAAUCAGUCGCCCACUGCAGUGAGCGUGUUCCGCUUGUAUUUAAUAUUUUUCUAUGAAGUUAGCAUUAUUAUUAUGAAAAUAAACAAGAAUAUAUUUUUAUUUUUCUGUUUGAGUCUUUAAGUUGUCAUGAUUUUUACAUUUUAAGGCAUGAAACAUUUCAAGUUUAAUUUAAUUAUUACUAAUAGCGGUUUUAUAUAUUUCUUUUGUGUAAAGUUGCUAUAAUACUGCAUACACAUAAUACUUUCAUGCUUUGAAUAAGUUAAUUUCUAGAUAAUUACUAUAAAUAUUGUUAUUUUAGCAUAUCUUCGUACAGCCACAAUAUCCUGUAGAUGCGUAAUAAAUUUUUAUAUAUUUUUUUACUGAAAGUUGUCGUAAUCCAGCAGAAGGUCAAAGUUGAAACCUCAAUACCAGGCACAAGUAUAUAUUGUUAUUUACGCUAUUUGUAAAGUGUUUCCAUUAAACCUGACUAUGUUCAGCAUAUUUAUUAUAUUGCGUGUUACUUUAAUUAUUACAAAGGUUGUUGGGGCUUUUGAGUAACUGAGUUUGUAUAGAUUGAGUUGUUUACAGUCAAUUGUAUAAAAUAAAAUUUUACAUAACUAUAA